AUGGUUCUGAUGGUGAUGCUGGUCCUGGGGGCUGGAGUGUGGGUCUGGGUGAAGAGGAAGAGGAAGACUGGGAAAGGGGCAUCCUGGGCAGCUGCUCCUCAAGCCCUUCCCCCAGGGGAACCUGCUGAGCUGCAGGAGUAUGAUGUCUACAGCAACACAGAGGCCGAGUACUCGAAGGCCAGCCCCCUGAGACAGCCCCAGUAUGGCAAUGCUGCUCGCCCCAGAAAGCAGAUGUUUCCUCUGCAGCUCAUCAGAUUGACGGGCAGCCUGGGAUGGGGCCCUGCCCAGAAGACCCCUCACCUCUGCCGGGUCACCUGGGUCCUGGGGCUCACCAGCCUUCUCCUCAGCACCUGCAGCCCUGGGGCCCAGAGUUCUGGAGUGAAAGACCCUGGAGCCAAUCUUCCUCUGAAGGGGAUCCGAGGAAGUUCUGUCUUGUUUCACGUGAGCAAGGUCUGGGCAGCUGAGCUGGAGCAGACGGAGUGGGGCAUUGGUCCUGAGUCAGACUACAGAGUCUUCCUGCGAGUCCAUCGUGGGAAAGAAGAUGCUCCUACCUGGGUCAGCCUCCGGGACAAGUAUGAGCAGAGGGUCCACGUGCCCAACAUGACGUCCCUGAGGAUGGAGAACCUGAGCCCUGAGGACAGUGGGCGGUACUGGGCUCGAGCUCAGUUAACAGGAGGCAGAGGAAGUGUCCCACGGUUUCCAGCUCACUGUCUAUGCUCAGUUCAGCUCAUCUAUGUCCUCAAAAAGCAAAGCUCUGAGCUAAGGGCUUGA